AAUUUGAAUUCGAUUCCGGUUGACGGUUGCACGUAGCAGCGAUAUUGUUUUAUCCGGAGUUUGUUUACUUUUAAAUCUCGUACAUCGAAACGGCGUUAAUACUCCGAGGUAAAACAAUAACACGAGUCACUCUCAAUUCGAAUCGUCCUAUAACUCAUGUGCCGCUACAUACGUAUAUAACAAAUAUUUCUUACAAUCUAGCGUGUGCAAUUGUGUAUGGGACCUUAGGUUUACUGUUCAUAGAUACUGUUAGGAAUUAAUCGAACGAAUUCAAAGCAAUCUUCUAUAUUAUCGGAAAUGCCGAAUUUGCGUGGUUUUGCUUUGACGCUCGUCCACGUUGACGAUUGUACAAAGAAUAACCGACUGCCCAUGUGACAGCGACUAUACCAAAAUCCACGCCAUUCCACGUUAUCUGACAAUGAACCGUUAAAUUCUAACCUGGCCUUUGGACACAUAGCCCAAACCAAACUUUCCCUAUCGCGUAGGGCGUUCGGAAUCCUCUCCUUGCCCCUCAACUCCUACAAACUCCGCCCAUAUAAAAACUACGAGCAUUUAACUACGAGACUAGUCUUGGGUACAGUGUUGGCCGUGGUUCGAACUAUUUUAAUACUUUGUAACUUCGCUACUUUAUUGUAAUAUUGCAAUUAAUAAUUUUUCCGAGUAAAAGCAUAUCAAAAUAUAAAAGUUAAGUUGAAUAUCAAGUUAAGCAAUAGUGAGAAGUUCUCGUUAGAAAAAUAAGACAUCUUACCUACUUGAAAAGGACUCGACUUGGCCUACGGAUCGUCAUCAAACUCACAAUCUGAAGCCUACAGCUUGAUAACGGACAUUCUACGGAAGUUCCAUUUCUACGGAUAUCAAGAGACAGCGGCAUUAAUCUGGAGCAAGUACUACAAGCGAUACAGAAGCACAGUGAAAUUCAGGAACAGAUCCAAAUACUAACACAACAAACAAGAGAAGAGAAUAAACGCCGCGAUAAUGAAAUCGAACUGCUAAAAAGAAAAAUUGCCGAAUUAAAGCUAGCCAUUGCAAAUCAGGAAACAAUUAAGAAGAAAGAUUCUAAAUUUGUCAUGAACAGCACAAAGAAAACCGCGAAAUCGAAAAAAAAGUAUCAUUGUGUACCUGCAGCGAGCGCACCCAAAACGAUAUUUGAUCCUAAAAGCAAUAACGAUGACAAAGCCAAAGAUAACAACGAACAACGCCAGACUAUGUUAUUAGCGAAAGAUGCAAUAAGAUACAUUCCAAUAUUAAACGGUGAGGAUGACAUUGGAGUGGAAGAUUUCAUAAAAGAAGUACAUUCUAUCCAAAUGUGUUGCUCCGAAAAAGAACUAUUAUUGAAAGCUAUAAAAAUCGAUAAAAUAGUUGGUAGAGCCGCGCAAAGUAUUCGAAACGUACCUAUUGAAAAUUAUAUAAACUUAUACGAUACUUUGAGAUCCAACAUAGUACUUGAAGCAACAUCUGACGAAUACGAAGAACAAUUACGCGAUUUAAAACAGGGACGCUACGAAUCUGUUCAAAAUUUCAGUAUCCGGUUCCGCUGCAUAUUGAAUAAACUUAUAUAUGCAAUAACCAGUGAAAAUCCGCAACUAAUUACAAGACGAAUAAUGAUUGAAGCCACCAUGAGGAAAGUAAGUCGAAUUUAUUUAAAAGGACUUAAAAACGACAUAGGACGUAUACUGUCAGCGAGCAAACUAGAUUCAUUGAACGAAACAGAAAAGAAAGCAGUAGACAUUGAAAGAUACCUACGAGAAGAAGAACAGGAAUGGAGGACAGGUACUCUUCCAACAGUAACGUAUAACCAACAGUUUAGUAACAGACUGAUGCAGACAAGCAGCCGACCAUUAGCUACAACACGUAAUUAUAAUCCAGUCAACAAAUGCGUUUCAUCGUUUUCUAACACCGAACGUGUACCAUUUGCUAAGCGGCAAGCAAAAUGUUUUAAAUGUGGCGAAUUGGGACAUGUUGCGAGAAUUCUGUGUCGACCAUGAGACUAGUCUUGGCCGCGAUUUGAACAAAUAUUUUAAUACUUUGUAACUUCGCUACUUCAUUACAAUAUUGUACUUCACCACUUUUGUGACUAAAAAUAUAAAAGGACAAUCAGGUUAAGCUAUUGCUCAGCUCUUCCUUUUUUUAUUACGAAUUUUACGUGACACCCUUGGCGUCGCAGCUGCGAAAGACAUCGAAGUCCGCGAUACCCUUGAGUAGCUUUGUUAUCUUUCCUUACAACCAAGGAUGACGUAACCCAGGCAACCGCUACGAGCGUUCGAACUAUAUUUUCUUACCAUACUAACAACAAAAAAUAAAAGCUAAAUUUCAACGAGUUAUUAUAUAAAUUAUAUGAUAUGUAUUUUAUAAACAGAAUUUAUUGUAACGAUAUAGAUAGAUUUCUUAGAUAUUUAAAGAAGAAAGUUGUUUGCAAUCAUACACUUGACAAUAUAUUCAAAAAUCAUCGAGAUCGGAAAAGACGUAACGGUUCUAUAGUUUCACCCAAUCGAUAUUUAUUAAUGAUAAGCAAACUAACUAUUAAUCUUGAGAAUUCCCAGUUAAACUUAAAAAUAAUUAUUGCAUUUUUAAAAAUAAUGAACAUUUAUUCCUUACAUAAGCAAUCUAAGGAUCGAUCUUGCGUUAUUUAUUGUAAAUUAAGAUAAAUAAAUUGUACACUUUAUUUUGUGCCGCUUAGGAUUGAAUUAUAACUUUACCGAAACAGUGCAAAGCAUUCUUUAAGCAUGAAUAUAAUAUAAAUAUUAUAUUACACUCUGAUCAGGCCUCUUACUACUUCUUUUACAAUUUUAUCAUAUUAUUUAACAGGAAAUUGAGAAUUUCACGUAUAAAAGGGUAAUUUUUGGAUAUAAUUGGAUUAAAUUGACAGUUCUUCAUAAUUUGCUUAUGAAAUUAUAAUUAUUAUCCUUCUAUGACGUGCAAAUAUAAUACAAUUUAACAUUUUUAAAAGUAUUAAAAUAUUAAGGACCGCAAGAAAUUCCCACUUCUGUAAAACCGUCCAUAUCCGAAUUUUCCUAUUCAUAAACAUAACCUUGUUAGGGUGAAAUACACACAAAUUCUGUUUUUAAUGAAAAUAUAUUGAUCCGCUAUAAUUAUGUAAUACUCUCUGUAGUAUAUCGUUUUUAAACCUUUGAGUCCUGAUUAAAUUUAGAAAAUAAUUUACAAAAUUUGGAUAGGAUAUAAAUAUUCUUCAAGAAUUAUAAGAGGUAAAAUAUGGAAGAUAAAUUGUUGCAUAUCUGUAUUUCAUUUAUAUAGCUAUAAUUUCUUUUUUCUUUGUUGAAGUUAAUUAGAAAUGUAUAUGAUCACUCUUUAGAUUGUAACCGCAAUCUGCUCAAUGUGUUAGAAACUCUAUACAGUUCAAAUCGCUAGUUAACAAUAUUGUAUAUAUUAGUUUAGUAAACAGACAAUAUACAUGUUUUAUAUUAUUAUAACUGUAAAUUCAUGUACCUGAUUUUAUUGAUGCAAUUUGUGCGAUGCGACCUAGUCGUAAGAGGUAUAGAAAUAUUUUUAAAAACAUAUAUAUUCAAUCCAAGUGCUCAAUGAGUGUUCGUGACCAUUAUAUGUGAGUUACAUACCUUUAUAUAAUACAUUAAAAUUAAAUUUGCUAACUCGAGCAGCACAACACUAGCAUAAUUUUGUAUAGCAUAUACAUAUAUAUAUAUAUACAUGUUUGUCUUAUUGUCAUUUUAUCGUGUGUUAUCGUAUAGCAUUUACUUGUAUAAAGAUUCGUUUAAUAAAUAAAUU